AAGAAGGUGGCACAGGGAAGUUAAUGUAACCGAGCUUGAUCAAGUCGAGGUCUAAUCAAGCUUGGUUCAAAAUUAUUCUCGAGCCUGGAUUUUGAGAUCAAGCUUAAUUUAUUCAUUAUUUAAUCAAGUCUUAUUUGGGCUUGAUUUCAAACCAAGCCGAAAACAAAUCCAAUCAACCAGCUUAAUUAUACAAAGCAAGCUGAAAUCAGUUCAAGAAUUAAGCUUGAUUCAAGCUCAAAUUGGCAUCUAACUGAUUCAAACAAUUGAUGUUUAAUCAUAAAAUAUAUAUACUACAUAUAAAAGUGCCAACGAUUUCAGUCAAUAGAAAAAUCAUAACUGUUGAUUUUUAUUGAGUUAAUCUUCACAUUGAAACCAAAAAAAAAAAAUCCAACUUUAAUAUGAAUACUAUUUUUCUAAUGUAAUAUGGAUUCUACUGGUUUUGAAAAAAAUAGCAUCUAAAUUUAACACCAUUUUUAUUUCUCUAAUUUAAUAUGGACUCCUGGGCGUCUGCAUUGUGAUAUGCACAAAGUCCCUCUUUUCCUAAAUAAACAAAAAAAAGACCCGUACUGAUCUUUAAUCCGAUAAGAACAUAUCUAUAUAUUGGAGAAGUUUUCAAUGAAUCACAGAGCCUGGCAUCUUAUUUUUAAAUAAAAUUUUAAAAUAUUUUGCAUUUAUUAAAAAUUUUUCGACUGCAUUUAAAAAAAAUAGUCUUUUUUAAUGAGCUCCAAAUGCAUUGGACCGCUUUGGUAUCCCUUUUCCUAAAUCAAAAAAAAGAGAGAGAGACUCGCAGUGAUCUUUAAUCUGAUAAGAACAUAUCCAUAUGUUGGAAAAGUUUUCAAUGAAUCAUGGAGCCUGGCAUUUUUCCCGGUCAAAUGCUCCGUUAUAAUUAGUCCAAGUCCUCUCAUGGAUGAUGGAUCCCGCGUAUGCCAAAAGCCAUCUUGGUGUGAAGGAGAAGCAUGGGUUUUUACCAAAAAAAAAAAAAAAAGGAGAAGCAUGGGCGGCUAGCCGUUGCUGCUCUCGCUCGUCUCCAACGGUCCCACUCGAGCCCACUCCAGGCUCCAGCGAGCCCUUCAAAUAACGCCACCUCUGUCCCAGCUCCCCUCACCAAUCCCUCUCUCUGAAUCUCUCUUUCAUUGCCCGGCUCUCUCUCUUUCUCCAAUCUCUCAUGGGGAACCCACAAUCCCACGCAGCCUCUGACGCCUCUGGCUCUCAUUACCACUCGCACAAGGUCUUCCUCCUCUGCAACUACAUCCUCCUUGGCGCCGCCUCCAGCUGCAUCUUCCUCACCCUCUCCCUCCGCCUCAUUCCGUCGCCCUGCGGCCUUCUCCUCAUCUUCCUCCACGCCCUCACCAUCGUCGGCGCCGCCACCGGGUGCGCCGCCUCGCCGGGCUCCACCAGGUGGCACGCCACCCACAUGGUCGCCACCGUGCUCACGGCCAUCUUCCAAGGCUCCGUGGCGCUGCUCGUGUUCACCAGGACGUCCGACUUCCUCGGGGAGCUGCGGUCCUAUGUGAGGGAGGAGGACGGGGAGGUCAUACUCAAGAUGGUCGGCGCUCUCGGGGCGGCCAUCUUUUGCUUGGAGUGGGUGGCCUUGGCCCUGGCCUUCGUGCUGAGCUACCAUGCCCAUAUCUCCAAGGUGCGCCAUGAAGAUGAGGAGACGAAGGACCGACCAUGGCCUUUCCAGGUCUAAUUCAGAGAACAAAAGAAACGGAUGCUGCUUUUGCUGUUGCUGUUGCUCCCGAGAGUAAUGUUUUCACAACCUAUCCUUUUUUGCAAUUUUAAUUCGUUCGUUCGUUCAUGUUUCUCUUGGCUGCUGUAUAAGCUUUACUUCUUAAGUGAAGUGAAUUUUGUUUAAUUUGUAUAUGUGAUUGGGGUUAUUAUAGCUUGCCUCCUCUGAGAUCAUUGUGAUACUUCUUUCCCCAUUUGAGCUCACACUGCUUGAUUUUUUAUAGCUAAGGACUAGGAAACAGCUCAUAAUCCAGUCAAAUUAAGCUCCGUUUGAUUUUUAUUUGAAACAAUUUUUUAAUUGUUCAGAUCUACAGUCUUAUCCUCCAGUGCGAAGAUAUCGUUUCUGUAUUUCAAACCUAUAGCAUUAUGUCGUAAUAGAAUGACCUUACCUUUGCGCUGUCAUCCGCUGAGAUCCCACUCUUUCCUAAUCAAAAAAAUAAAAUAAGAAAAAUGAAAAACCCAAACCUAAGCUACAGAUCAACUGCAUUUGCGCUGAUUGAUCGAACCCCUCACCUAAAUCUCCUUAAGUCAAUCCUCCUAAAAUACAUAAACCUAAUUCAUGUUACCGGAGCCUUUGUUCUUGAACAUGGCUGAUGGACUCCCCUUCAGGAGGUAAACCGCGUUUAGAGAAAUACAUUGCUAUAGUUUUUGGCCUCCUGCCCUUGCUUGUCAGAAGUAAACAUCAAUAAGUAGUAUUAGCAUCCAUCAUACCAUAGCAUGAAUAUUGUAGCCCACCAGAUUAUAAUAAAGUGGCAAAGGAUAUGAGAUGUUUAGAGAAUAUAAUGUUUCCUUGUCAAUAUGUAAUAAAGAUAAAUUCUAUACCUGGAGAGACGUAAAAGCACAGCUAAGCUCUGAUCUAUGUGCUACCUGCCACCAGUUACCUAUGAAGUCUGAUAUUUCUUAAUUGUGCCUUUGAGGUGGCUGGGAACUUUUGUUGCAACAACUCUACCACCUUAUUAAUCUCUUGUGAACAAGAAGGAAUAAUCCUAACCUGCAGUUACAGAGUUUGGAACACAUCCAUCAUGAUAAUAAGAAAUCUUAAGGAUGACGAGAAAUAGAACAAUAGGAGUUAGAAGUUUCGGGGAAUUACUUUUUAUUUUUCUUCCAGAUCUAUUUUUUUAUCCUACCUCUAUUCAUGAUUAGUAAUCACAAACAUUCUAUCAACAGGAUAAAAAAGUGA